GUGUGUGUGUGUGUGGUGAGCCUGGCUGUUGUCUGUCUCUGUGGGAGGAGGAGUCCAGCACUGUGGGAUUACAGGGUGUCAUGCUGUAGCUCUAGAUUAUACAGCUGGCAGCACUUUGAGAGAAAGAGCAGUGGGACUAUAAGAGCAUGUGGACGUCCUAAGAGCUCUGCUUCUGGUGCAUGCAGAGGGUUUUCAUUGACUCUGAUUUUACAUGACGCUCUCUGGAUUAUUUCCAAUCUUCUUUUUUUUUCCACCCAGUUUGUGCUUUUUGGGAAUUUCCAUGCCUGGUAAUUCGACCACUUUGUCCUGUUUUUAAAGUCUUCCAAGUAGUCAGAUUCGAAAGGGGCAGCAGAGGACCUCCUGUGGGCAGAAAUCAUGUAUUUGAACAACAGGAAUAAUAACAUCAACACAGAGAGGAGCAAAAAGAACAUGAGAGGCAAAACAUGGGCUCACUUGAAGACGACCCCGCGUCCGGAGGAGAAGUUCACCCUGACGUCACAAAAAGCGUUGAGAAAGGUGGAGGUGGACGAGAACACGGCGGAGGAGAAGGAGGCGAUGCAGCGCACUGCGUUUGGGAAGGCCUUUUAUGACCUGAGCCACUCGGAGCGGGUGAUGAAUGAUCUGACGUGUGGACGGCGGGUGGGGCUUUACGAGCUGAGGGGAGAGAUCGGCUCUGGAAACUUCUCCCAGGUUAGAUUGGGGAUACAUGACCUGACCAAAGAAAGAGUGGCAGUCAAAAUCCUGGAUAAGAAUCAUGUGGACGAGCAGACACAAGCGCUUUUCGAGUCGGAGAUCUGUUGCAUGGUGAAGCUGGCUCACCCCAACAUAGUGCGCCUGUACGAGGUGAUGGAGACGUUCAAGCGCCUCUACCUGGUGAUGGAGUACGCCAGUGGAGGAGAGCUGUUCUCCCGUAUCAGCACCAGGGGGCGCCUGUCGGACCUGGAGAGCAAGCUUGUGUUCUCUCAGGUCCUGUCGGCAGUGAAACACAUGCAUGAUAACAACAUCGUACACAGGGACCUGAAGGCGGAGAACGUCUUCUACACCAGCACCUACUGCAUUAAAGUGGGCGACUUUGGUUUCAGCACGUCCAGCCGGCCCGACGGCGUCCUUCACACGUUCUGCGGCUCCCCGCCCUACGCCGCCCCGGAGCUCUUUACAGAGGAAGGUUACGUCGGUCAGAAUGCAGACAUCUGGGCGCUGGGUGUCUUGCUUUACUUCACGGUGACUGCAUCCAUGCCGUUCAAGGCUGCAAACACAAAUAUGCUGAGGUGUUGCAUCCUGCAGGGCGCGUAUGCCAUUCCCCCGUUUGUUCCCAGAACGUGUCAGGAGGUCGUCAGGGGUCUGCUGAGGCCGGUUCCUGCGGAGCGCCUCACUCUGGCAGACACCAUGGACAGUCCGUGGAUGACAGGUGUUGAAUACCCCCGGCCCUACCAAGCUUGUGCCCCAACACCCUCCCACCUGGUCGAGCCUUCCCACAACCUCAGCUCAGAUGAACUGCACGUGAAGGCGGCGCUGGAGGAUCUCGGCAUCAACAAGGCCCAUCUCCUCAACAACAACCUAGACUUGAGAAGCCCUGUCACCGGGGCUUACAGGAUUCUGCUUCACCGCGUCCAAAAGAGGAGGUCCGUGGAAGCUGUGGGCUUCAGACGGACGGGCACCAAAGAGUCCCAGAACAGACUCAGGUGGAGAGCAGGUUCAGAGGGAAUGCUCAACAAACACCAAUCUGUGGUGUGUAGCACCAUGUAGUCAAACUUUAUUAAAGCAAUAUUUCUAC